CGCUUCUGACCGCCGGAUGAAUGAAUGGCGGAUCACCUGAAAGCUGCGCUGCGCCAUCUGUUGUACUGGCGUCAGUGAGCUUUUAGUUGAGCCCGACGGAUAUUGGUUUCGUUGUUGGUCUGAAUAGACCGUACGUCGGCGAUUUGUUUCGCUUUACGCUAAACUUUACCACUUCUGGAUAAAAAAAAACAUUGGAGAAAGAAACUAGACGAAGACGGGUUUAACAUGAACGCAUGAUUAUUCAGUGGGAUAGAGCGAUAUCGCUGCUGUCCUCCCCGUGUCGUGUUCAGCGUUAUUAAUCAUAGCCUCGGGAUUCAGCGGUAAUGGCAUCGAUAACAUCCAUAGAAGCCGUGAAAAGGAAGAUCCAGAGCUUGCAGCAGCAGGCGGAUGAUGCGGAAGAUCGAGCAGAAAUGCUGCAGAGAGAGGUGGACAUGGAGCGGCAGUGCAGAGAGAGAGCCGAGGCUGAGGUGGCGUCCCUGAACAGACGUAUCCAGCUGGUUGAGGAGGAGUUAGAUCGUGCCCAGGAGAGACUUGCCACUGCGCUACAGAAGCUAGAGGAGGCAGAGAAAGCCGCAGAUGAGAGCGAGAGAGGAAUGAAGGUGAUAGAGAACAGAGCAACAAAAGAUGAGGAAAAGAUGGAGAUCCAGGAGAUGCAGCUGAAGGAGGCCAAACACAUCGCUGAGGAGGCUGACCGCAAAUAUGAGGAGGUGGCGCGUAAACUGGUGAUUCUUGAGGGUGAGCUUGAGCGCUCUGAGGAACGAGCUGAAGUGGCUGAGGCCAAAUCUGGUGACCUUGAGGAAGAAUUGAAAAAUGUCACCAACAAUUUGAAGUCCCUGGAGGCACAGGCUGAGAAGUACUCCACAAAGGAAGACAAAUAUGAAGAGGAAAUCAGAGUACUGACUGACAAACUCAAAGAGGCUGAAACGCGUGCUGAGUUUGCUGAGAGGUCCGUGGCAAAGCUUGAGAAGACCAUUGAUGAUUUAGAAGAGAAACUAGCCCAGGCCAAAGAGGAGAAUCUGAACAUGCACCAAGUGCUUGACCAGACCCUUCUGGAGCUCAACAAUUUAUAAAGAUGGAGUCUUACAACACACUAAGCUUUCCAGCUGGGCCUGACGCACAUGCUCUCCAGCUUCGGCCAUACGGAGGGUGCUUUGAUAAAGGAAUGUCUUAUAGUCACACACUUCCUAUUUUCUUUCCAAACAAUGUCUUGUAAUAGUAGCAAAGCCAGCAGUACUUUAAACAAAGCAUUUACUUGGAUUUGUAAUAUUUGUAAUAAAUUUAUUGUGACUGUCUAAUUUGGUUUGAUUUAUUCUAAACAUCACGUUUACUACAAAUGUUGUUUCCUCCAAAGUCAACUUUUUGACCUCAACUAAAAAUGCUGUAAUUUACGACUUUGGACUUAACCAUACCAACAAUUUAAAAGAAUGUUUUUGCACUUUUGAGGUUAUUUUUUUUUUUAAGCAUUUUUAUCAAUUUGUACCAAAAUGCACAACCUGUGAUUGUAACUAAUGUGUCUCAAAUCACAAAAUUGUAAAACAAAUGCUCAGUAUGCAGUGCUGCGAAUUUGUGGCCUUUCUGUGAAAUUUGCUGUUCCAAAUGCAAAAUAUGUUUUUGACGUGAUUUUGUGAUCUCAUGUCCAACCCUUAUGGGGGAGGGUCCAGAAAAUUAUUUGUGCUGAUAUACCCUUGCUUUUACAGGCCUAAAUUCAUUUAAAAUGUUGUGAAAUAGCAGUAAGUGACAAUAAAUUGGUCAUAAUGAUAUACAAUUGGGCCUGUAUGACAUGGCUGAUGUUUUUGACUAACUACUGCAAACUCUUUUGUCUAUAGAUCAGACCAAAUAUGUGAAGCGUCCUGUAUUGACGCAUUGAAUAACACAAUCAUGCUACUCAAAUACUAAUGAUGGGGUUGCAUAAGAUGUUAUGUGAAAGAAUGCAAUGGAUUUGAUUCAUUGGGGAACAUAAUUUUUACAUUGUUUAAAACUCCUCUAACGCAAAUCACUAUAUAGUAAAUCCUAGAAAAAUCAAUAGAAUUAUUUGGUUUAUAAAAGGGAUAUAGUAAAAGAAACAAAUUUUGGGCCAUUAUUACACACCUUUUUAAAUAAUUCCUUAAAUUUUAAGAAGCCUCACCCAAUUAUGUAUCCUAUGCAAUUGUUUGAGCUGUUCGAUUAAAAUAAUGAAAAUAGAA